UCUUCUGUGCGACAUCACUGUCUUCUAGAUUCUGACAAUGACAAUGAUUAUUUUAAUGUCCAUUAUUGUUUUAUUGUCUUUUAAGGCAGAGUGUGGAAUGAAGCAGGCAGGCAUCUGUAGGCUUGUUUGUACUGGUGGGGACUGUAUUACUGUUAACCAGGACAGAGUGGACUUCAGAGCAGCUGAGGCAGCAUGUCGCGAUAGGAGCGGAGAACUACUGACGCUUCGUCCUGAGACAGAUGAGAGCAUCCUCCACACUUUGAGUCAGGAGUUGUCUGGGAACUUCUGGAUCGGACUGCGUUUACCAACUGGAGCAUGCAGCAACCUCUCAUCUCCACUCAGAGGCUAUGAGUGGAUCUCUGGUAGCACGCUGAGCUUCAUCCCAUCCCCCGACACCUGGAGACACAGCACCGAAGUCUGCUUUCCUCACUGUGUGUCACUUUCAAACGAUCAAAAGUGGACAGAGAGACUGUGCUCAGAGGAAACUGAUGGAUAUCUGUGCAGAACACAGCACAAAGACGCGUGCCUGGCACAGGAAUUAUCAGAUCCAACUGUUUUCCAAAGCUCUAAAGGCUGUUCAACAGGCCCUUGUGAGCACAAAUGCACGGACGUGAAAGGAGGUUAUAAAUGCUCUUGCUCUUCAGGAUACAUCCCAGACAGCAAAGACCCCAGGCGGUGUAAAAUGCACUGUGACAAGAGUAGAUGCCCCAAGAUAUGUGACGGGGCAGUGUGCUCCUGCCCUGAUGGCUACAUCAUAGACAAGGAUUUCUGUGAGGACAUCGAUGAAUGUGGGAAUGGCCGUUGUGAUCACGGGUGUAAAAACACUUUGGGAGAUUUCGAGUGCACUUGCUCGGAAGGAUUUGUGCUCGAAGGCAAAUACCAAUGCAUCGAAGCCAAAGACAGAGAGAGUUUUUUCACCACGACUCCUGUCAGCUUGUAUUCGACCAAACCUGCUGCUGAUAAUACCCUGAAGACUUCUCCUGCAACUGCUGGAGGGUUUCUCUGGGUAUGGGUUGUUGCUGCUGUGGCUGUGGUGGUGUUAAUAUUUGUGGUGAGGUUUUACGUUGUGAGGCGUCAGAAGCGCAGAGAACAGUCUCCUGCUCCUGUGUAUAAUAACGAGUGUUAACACUGAUUCCACCAGAUUAAACAUUUAUAGAUAUAUUUCUGUCCACUGUUUAGCCUCAAUUUUAUGAAAAAUGCACAGUGAAAACUCGGGGAGGAAAUAUGUUAACAUAAAUACAUUUUAAAUGCGUGCCCACUAUUGUGAAUUGACUUGGCCUCUCAGUUUCACAUAUGCACAAUAAAGUUCAGGGAAAAUUCAUGAUUGUAUUCAGAUUAAGCAUAUGAUUAUAAAUAUAAGCAAUCUAAUUUAAAACUGUCGUAUAUUUUAGGUUACAAAUACACUGUAUUAUGAAA